AUGGCUUACCAAAAUGUUGCACAACUCAUAUCAACAGAUACACCAUUUGGAUGUACAGAAUUAGGACAAGGAUUUUGCGGUUUAAAUUUGACAACUACAAAAAGCUUGAUGAAUUCUGGAGCAGUACUUACACUAGAUACAAGUGGUGGUUAUUGGGCACCUGUAUGUCAAAAUAUGAACUAUGUAUAUAAUGGACAACCUUCUAUGCCUAUAUUUGAUAAUUAUAUACAAAAUAGUACUCUUCCAUUUGUAUAUUAUGCUACUAUAAUAUUAAAAAAAGAAGGUUAUGAUGAUAAUUUGAAUAAAAUUGACUUUACUGCAAGUAUAGGUAGAAAUGAUUUAGUUGAUAUUUUAACUCAAUUAGGCGAAAAAGGAAAUCUUAAUAUAUUAGGAUAUGAAUUUAAAAAAUGUGCAAUUAAUAAUGCUGCUAGAAAUGGACACUUUGAAGUAGUAAAAUAUUUACUUGAAAUAGGAUAUGAAUGUUCAACAGAUGUAAUAGAUAAUGUUGUAAGAAAAGGUGACCUUAAAUUAUUAAAACAUUUACAUAAAUUAGGGUAUAAAGGUAAAGAAGAUGCAAUUGAUUUUGCUGUUCAAAGUAAAUAUCUUAAAGUAGUGAAAUAUUUACUUUCGUUAGGAUAUAGAGUAUCAGGAUAUGCAUUUAAUAAUGCUAUUGAAAAUAGAGAUAUAGAUAUGAUUAAUUGUUUAAUAUCGUUUGGAUAUAGAGUACCAAAAGUUGCAGUUAAUAGUGCUAUAUCAUCUAAUAACCUUAAAAAACUCGAAUAUUUACUUUCAUUAGGUUGUGAAGAUAUGGAAGAUGCAAUAGAUUUUGCAGUAGAAUAUAAUAGACUUGAAAUUGUAAAAUAUUUACAUUCACUAGGAUAUAAAGGUACAGAAAAAGCAAUGGAUAAAGCUGCAAAUAAUGGUUAUCUUGAAGUAGUAAAAUAUUUACAUUCACUAGGAUAUAAAUGGUAUAGAUGUUCAACAGAUGUAAUAGAUAGUGUUUUAUCAUAUGAUUGCCUUGAAGUUGUGAAAUAUUUACAUGAAUUAGGGUAUGAAUGUUCAACAGAUACAAUAAAUAAAGCUGUAGAAAAAGACUAUCUUGAAGUAGUAAAAUAUUUACAUGAAAUAGGGUAUAGAUGUUCAACAGAUGUAAUAGAUAAUGUUGUAAGAAAAGGUGACCUUAAAUUAUUAAAACAUUUACAUAAAUUAGGGUAUAGAUGUUCAACAGAUGUAAUAGAUAAUGUUGUAAGAAAAGGUGACAUUGAAUUAUUAAAACAUUUACAUAAAUUAGGGUAUAAAGGUAAAGAAUUGGCAAUUGAUAAUGCUGCAGAAAAUAGCCACUUUGAAAUUUUAAAAUAUUUAUAUUCAUUAAAUUGUCAAAGAUCUUCAGAUGCAAUUGAUUUUGCUGCACAAAAAGGUCAUCUUGAAGUAGUAAAAUAUUUACAUUCUAUAGGAUAUAAAGGUACAAAAGAUGCAAUUAAUUCUGCUGCAGAAGAAGGUCAUCUUGAAUUAGUUAAAUACUUGCAUGAAUUAGGGUAUAAAUGUUACAAUUGGACUAUUGAUUUUGCUGCACAAAAAGGUCAUCUUGAAGUAGUAAAAUAUUUACAUUCUAUAGGAUAUAAAGGUACAGAAGAUGCAAUAGAUAAUGCUGCAUUAAAUGGUCAUCUUGAAAUUAUUAAAUACUUGCAUGAAUUAGGAUAUAGAGGAACAGAAUGGGCGAUUAAUGAUGCUGCAGAAGAAGGUCAUCUUGAAGUAGUAAAAUAUUUACAUUCUAUAGGAUAUAAAGGUACAAAAGAUGCAAUUAAUUAUGCUGUAAAAAAUGGUCAUCUUGAAGUAGUAAAAUAUUUACAUUCUAUAGGAUAUAAUGCUGCUAGAAAAAAUAACCUUGAAGUUAUUAAAUACUACAUGAAUUAG